AUGGCAAAAACACAAGCUAGCUUGAAUGUGCAAGACAUUGUGCUUUCAGCUGAGCGACGGCAUUCAAUUGAGGGCUGCCUUAGAGCUUCAACACCACUUCUUCGAGCGUUUAGGGUAGUGGGUGGUGAUGAGAAGCCUGCCAUGCCGGAGAUUACAGCACUUAUGAUUUAUGCAAAGGAGAGGAUCAAUCAAAGUUUCCCCGAACAAAACAAGCAACCUUUGCUCAAGAAGAUCUUGUGCAUUGUUGAGAAGCGUUGGGAGACUCAAAUGGCCCGACCAUUGUAUAGGGCUGCUCUUUUUUUGAACCAGGAAAGUUUUUCCCUAUUGUAA